AUGACAAAUCUUCCAACAUGCGACCAACAAGCUCAGGCCGAGCGCUGGGUAAGGUUCCCAAACUCUCUCAAUGACGACAUUCAUAAGCAAGUAACAGCUGUAUGCCAUUACUUUUUUACUCACAACGUCACUCGAGAGGAGUCCUUGCUGGAAGCUCAUUUGAAAAGCCGCGGUAACCUCUGGUCCACGUCUGUGCAGUUGGCAGCUUGUUCUCAUGCUGAUCGUGUAAUAAAGUUGGCUACAAAACAGAUCGUCGCCACAAAGAAUGCUGCCAUAUUUGCUUCCAUGUUACAGGUAAUAUUUCAAAAAUUCAAAUAUGAAUCAAUCUGAUA